CCAUUGCUUUCCGCAAUCGCAUUUCUUCAAGCAUUAAUAAUUUAGGGGUUGAAAGACCUGUGUUUGUUUAUCCGGAAAAAAAUUCCGGAAGGCUUUUUUACAAGACGGCAAUAGUUUUCAUAUCCUACAAAGAGGUUCAAGAUUUUUGACAUUGUCUAUUAACCACUUGACAUAGAGAGAGGCUGCAAUGACUCAUUUGACAGAAGUGGACAAAGUGGAGGAGUGUGAUUUUAAGUGGGGCAAAAAAAGAGGUGUUGGUGGAAAAAGGAAAGAGGUCCAAUUUUAUGAGUCUUUUACUUAUAAUGGUGUUGAAUAUUCCCUGUAUGACUGUGUUUAUCUUUAUGAGGAAGGUGAACCUGAGCCUUAUAUAGGCAAACUUAUAAAGAUAUGGGAAUAUCCAGAUAAGGAAAAGAAAAUAAAGGUUCUAUGGUUCUUCCACCCUAGUGAGAUUUUGAAAUGGCUUGGAGAUGGCGAGACAAUCAAGAAUGAGUUAUUUUUGGCCUCUGGUGAAGGUGUUGGCCUAGCAAAUGUUAAUCCUCUGGAAGCGAUUGCUGGCAAGUGUAAUGUCAUUUGUAUCUCGAAGGACAAUCGAAAUCCACAACCCUCAAAUGAAGAACUUCAAAUGGCUGACCAUGUAUUUUACCGUACAUUUGAUGUUGGAAAUUGUACAAUAUUAGAUAAGAUCGAUGACAAAAUUGCUGGGGUUGAAGUUGAGUUUAUAUUUAACCGAAGGGCGUGUCAGAAUUCUAAUGAGGUUCCAAAAAUGGAUUCAAAUCGGAAAGAAGAUAUCAGGAGAGUUGUAGCAAGUAGUGAAACACUUCAACUUUCUGAGCGAAACUCAUCUGGAGAAGACAAAGAUCUAAAGAUAGAUGGAAAUUCUAAGGAUGCUUUGGCAAAUGAAAAUGUUGAUGUGAAGGUUUCAUUGGUUGAACAUAAAUCUUCACUUGGAGGAAAGCAUGCUUCCGGUGCUGAUAUGGUUUUGGAUAACAUGACUAAUAUUAGUGUUGAACGGGAAAAUAUUGUUGGUGAUGGUUCCAAAUUGCAGGUUGAUUCUAUUAAAUAUGAUGAUAAAGUGGGUAAAGUUCUUGUCAAUCAAGUUGAAGUUGAGGAAAAAGUAAAAUCUACCAGGGAUUCUGGUUUAUUGGAUAGUAGGCCUUCUAAGAAAGCAAAGGUCAGUAGUUCCACUGAACUAUCCGAGGAUAGGAACAACCGUAGUUUGAAGAAGUCAAAUAUUGAUUCUCAUGUGAAAGAAAUGAAAGCUUCAGUAUCAACUGUCACUACCACUAAAGAUAAAACAAAAUUAGAUCUUGUUAAGGAUUCUCCCUCACUGGAGAAGGAAGCAUCCAAGAAACUAAAGUCUUAUGAGAAGAUGACGAAACUUUCCAAUGGCAAUUUGAUUAAAGCAUUUGCUAGACGGUCUCCAAGCGUGGACUCCAAAAUUGAGGGCCAAAUAAUGGAGGUCACCCGAAGACCUAAUGCUGAUAGAAGCAGAUGGUUUAGGGGACUUCCUUGGGAAGAAAGAAUGCAGACUGCCCAUCAGCAAGGAACACUUGUCCUACUGCAAAAUUUGGAUCCAGCAUACACCUCAGCAGAAGUGGAGGAUAUUGUCUGGCAUGGCUUUAAGGAAUCUUGUACAGCAAGGAUGAUACAACGCACGACAAUUUCUAGCCCACAUUCUGGUCAAGCUUUUGUUAUUUUCAAAACAAGAGAUGCAGCAGUGUGGGCUAUUAGAAAAUUAGAAGAAGGAUGCUUACUUCUAUCAAAUGGGAGGCCUCUUGUUGGCAGCUUUGGAACUCCUUGCUUCCCAGGGAAGCAGUCCACAUUUGUUGGUCAUCUCUCUAUCGAUAAGGUUAAAGUCCAAAUGCAACGGGAGAUGAAGCAAGCUGUAUCCACUUCACACUGUUCACAGCCUAACACAAUUGAAUAUGAGAUGGCCAUGGAUUGGUGCUUACAACAAGAAAGAUCAGAUAGCUGUUGGAAAAAGUUGUAUAAGAGACAAGGGGAUGAGUUGAGAAAGCUCAAAGCUAGUUUGAAAUCUAAAUAAGCGGCAAUUGCUAUGAGCAUGGUGCUUGCUUGUGUGUCAUUCUGUCCAAGGCUCACACCAGAAGAUGGUCUUGCUGUACAUGGUUGUCACAUGAAGUUAAAUAGAGGAUUCCCAAUAUUUAAUUUGCAUGCACUGGGUUAUUGUGGAACACAGGAAACAUAGGGCAGAGGUCGUGCAUUUGUGGGAAUGCGGAAAUUUUGGACUCUGAGCACAUGUACAUAUACUCCGAGGUUCCAGUUUUGGUUGUUUUGGAAGCAAAUCAUGUGUUUAAAGGAACCGUGGCCAAGUUGGUUCACCAUUAUCCAUACUGUGUAUUCCAUCAUGGAUGAGUGUAAAUCUAUUUAAGAAUUCCAACCUCACAAAUCACUGGAUGUGCAGGAUUUUCCUGUGUAAUGCUAUACACAAUCUAUGGUGGCUUUUUUCCCAUCACCACCACCAC